AAUGUGACGUUUAGCAAUAUUUCCAGGGAGGGUAUUCUAUGAAUAUUUCACAACAUUUUUUUAAACAUUCGUUCAUCAAUAAAAAAAAUUAAAGAAAUGGCAAAUUCUCCGGGACCAAGUUCAUCCAACACGGUAGAACCGCACGACUCAGUCGACGCCACCGAAGCGAAGAAAAAGAAGCGAACGAGACGUAAACCCAGAAGCAAAGCGAAAAAGGUGAACGAAGUCGCCGAGGACGACACGACCGCGGAGUGUUCGCCGUUCACCCCCAAUUUCGUCAUUCAAGCCGUGAAGGAGCGCCUGGGGGUUUCCUACAAAGCGCGCGACAAGUCCUUCGGACCCAUCAACUUGAAGUCUUUCAUCCACAAUGGGGCUAUUCCUUGCGUCUUUCAAACAGGAACUUCUGGUUGUGAUUCUAGUCUAAGUAUAUUGAAGCGGAUUGAGAAUUUGACGGUGAAUGGGUUCUGCGUGCCCGGGAGUAGUAAGUCUAGUCCGGCGAAGAAGGCGAGCGAUAGGAGUCUGUCGAACCGGGCUGUGAAGAAAAAGAAGAAGAAGCAGGCGGUUUUUCCUAAGUAUUUGACGGAGGAGGAGGUUGGGGUGGGGCUUGAAAAGGGAGAGCUGAUGAAGGGGAGCAUAAGGAUUAAUCCGAAGAAUUUUAAGGAGUCGUAUGUGGGGAACGAGGACACGACGAAGACGGAUUAUGUGAUCGGGUCGGUUUUGGAUAGAAAUCGGGCGCUGGAUGGCGAUGAGGUGGUUUUGAGGUUGAAAACUGAGUCGGAAGGGAAGAAGCUCAUGGAGGUUGUUUAUAUAACAAGAAGGGUCCAUCCACGCACAGCCAUUGGCUACCUCCAACCCCUCGACAAAAACAAAGAGUUCGCAGUGUUCACCCCACGCGACAAACGAAUCCCCAAAAUGAAAAUCCCUAAAAUAAGCUGGCCGAGCGGAUUCCAGUCCGACCCGAAACUCUACAGCGACAUCCUCUUCCUGGCGAAGAUCUCCGACUGGAAAGAAGUCAAGUACGCCCUAGGCACCCUCGUCGAAAAUCUAGGCAUGAACGGCGACCUCAAAGUCGAAUCCUUAGCCAUCCUGCGGGAAUUCUGCCUAGACCCGACACCUUUCCCCGACACCAUGAAGCAAUUCCUCCCGAAAACCUGUGAUAUCCCUGCGAAGGAAUUCGAAUACAGGGAAGAUUUUCGCAAGGAGUGCGUUUUCACGAUAGACCCUUUGACAGCGCGAGACCUCGACGACGCAGUGUCCUGCAAAGAACUCCCAAACGGGAAUUUCGAAGUCGGUGUACAUAUCUCCGACGCGUCUUUUUUUCUCAAGGAGGAUACGAUGUUAGACGAGAUGGUGAAGAGUAAAGCUACCACGAUAUACAUGGUGGAUAGUGUUUAUCACAUGCUUCCCGUGGAGUUGUGUCUGCACUGUUCGCUCCUCCCUGGUCAGGAUAAAUUGUCGUUUUCGGUGAUCUGGGAGUUGAGUCCAGACGGCGAAAUCGUCAAUCAAAGAAUCACGAGGAGUGUGAUCAAUUCGUGCGUGCAGCUGGCGUACGAGCAUGCGCAGAUGAUGAUCGACGAACCGGAGAAGAAGUUCGAGGAGGACGAACUCCCGAAGAUUCAUAACGGGUUCAAGGGGGAGGAUCUGAGCAAGGUGGUGAAUAGCUUGCAGAAGAUCGCGGUUUGCUUGAGGGAGAAGAGAAGGCAGAACGGGUCGUUGAAGAUCGACCAGGUGAAGAUCGGGUUUUCGUUGGAUCCGGCGACGGGGGAGCCGAAGGAGUUCUGGAUUCACGAACAGAAGGCGGCAAAUCGUUUGAUCGAGGAGUUUAUGUUGUUGGCGAAUCAGAGCGUCGCUAGGUUUAUCAAUGACGAGCUGCCGGAUUUGGCGUUCUUGAGGUUGCACGAAGCGCCUAAACCGACCAUGAUGGUCGACCUUCAAAAGAAUUUAGAGACCAUUGGGAUGCAUAUUGACAUAUCAAGUUCGGGGGGAAUCCAGUCGUCGCUUAACAAAUACGUCGGAGACGAUUACUUAGGCCAAGCUCGCAUGAUCGUGCUGAAUCACCUCCUCGCUAAACCCAUGAAACGCGCGCGCUACUUUUGCGCAGGUGCAGUGGAGGACGACGUCAGCUACACCCAUUUCGCCCUCAGCAUACCCAUAUACACCCAUUUUACGUCACCCAUUAGGCGUUACGCCGACAUCAUGGUCCACCGGCUCUUAGCAGCCGCGCUCCACUACCGCGACAAACCCACCUGGGAGCCUGAGGAAGUAGCACUGGUCGCCGAAACCUGUAACCGGCAAAAGUACCACGCGAAACGGGCUGGAGAAGCGAGUUCCGACCUCUACCUCGCUCACUACGUCGAAAGCAACCAACCCUACGUCCAGGAUGCGGUCGUUGUAGACACGAAAGAGCGGUCCAUCGAUGUUAUAGUCCUCAACACCGGCACCGUGCUCAGGAUUUACACCAACAAUUUCGGCGAGAACGUGACGUGGAAGUCGGAGGAGAUCCAAGUGCGGAAGGACCCCAAGGACGAGAACGCGAAGAAGAUGUGGAGGAUUUUGGUGCGGUUUCCCGAGACGGAUUCCGAGCCGCAGGUUUCGAUGGUUUUGGAGAUUUUCACGUUGGUGAGGGUGGAGUUGGGGAGAAAACCGAAGAGUAACAAGUUGGAGGGGAAACUGCAGAGGCCCGUCGAGCAGCUGAGUCUUUUAUGAGUAUGGUGACUGCGACGCGAUUGUUUUACUGGAUGGAAACUUUUGUACUUAACGAAAGUGGAUAUGAUUUUUUUAUAGAAGCUGUAGAUGGUUCAAAUGUAAAUAUAUAAAUCUGUAUAUAUUGUGUGGCCGAGGCAUUACACCAUUUGGAACGAAA